AUGUCCACCGCUACGGAGACGCAGUCCAUCAGUAGGACUCGUCGCGCAAAUUUGUCUCACACCACGAAAGUUGAGGAUAGAGGUACAUCGGAAGAGCUGGGCCACAAGCAACGAUCCGCCGAGGACAAGUUCUUUUGGACAUACACGGAGGAACCUCACCGCACUCGGCGGCAAGCUAUCAUAAAAUCACACAAAGAAAUCCUGCAACUGUGCGGUCCGGAACCGCUGACGAAAUAUGUCGUUCUCUUCGUCGUUCUGUUACAGGUUUUCUGCGCCUAUCUCCUCAAGGACUCUCCUGUUUUCUCAUGGCGCUUCUUCCUUACGGCAUACGUGAUCGGCGCCACUGCGAACCAGAAUCUCUUUCUCGCUAUCCACGAGAUCAGUCAUAAUUUGGCCUUCCGGACGGCCAUCUACAAUAGGCUUCUCGCCAUCUUCGCAAAUCUUCCUAUCGGGAUACCAUACUCGGCCGGAUUCCGACAGUACCAUUUGACACAUCAUAAGUCGUUGGGCGUGGAUGGCGUUGAUACAGAUCUCCCUACAGCACUCGAAGCGAUCUUCUUGGACUCGGUUUUCGGCAAAGCCUUCUUCUGCACCUUUCAGCUCUUGUUCUACGCCGUUCGCCCGAUGAUGGUGUACAAGAUUCCCUUUGGACCUAUCCACUAUUGCAAUAUCGCCGCUCAAAUCGUCUUCGAUAUCCUGAUCGUCCGAUAUUUGGGCUGGAGAGCUCUGUCCUAUCUGAUCAUGAGCUCAUUCCUGGCUGGUUCUCUUCACCCGUGUGCGGCACACUUCAUUUCGGAGCACUAUGUCUUUGCCAAAUCCACUCUGCAAGAUGGAAAGGUUCCGAAAGAUGUGCCAAUUCCAGAGACAUAUUCUUAUUACGGUCCACUCAACGUGCUCACUUACAAUGUGGGGUACCAUAACGAACACCAUGACUUUCCAGCGAUCCCUUGGACCCGAUUGCCCAAAGUCUAUGAGACCGCACGUGAAUUUUAUGAGCCUCUGCCGUACCACAGAAGCUGGCCUUUGGUGCUAUGGCAGUUCAUCACUGACAAAGAAGUCGGGAUGUGGUGUCGAGUCAAGAGAGCAGAAGGUGGGCGCAUCGUGGGAGGUUGGCAAGAUGCGGAGGUGCAGAGUUGA